AUGCCCGACACUGCAGACUCGCGUCCGUCCGCAACGUUUCGCCUGCCCGCCUUCUCGCCGGAGGAAGCGGAACUCUGGCUGGUGCAGGUAGACUGCGCAUUCGACGUCGCCAACAUCACCGACAAUGCGACCAAAUUCAAGCUGCUGGUAGCGAACCUACCGGUGCACGUAGCCUCCCAGGUACGUGACGUAGUGACGGCCACGCCGCCGUCCUUCACGGACCUGGUGACGGCGCUGCGGUUUCGGCUGGCGCAGUCUCGCGCGUCUCGCCUAGAGACCCUGCUCCGGGACCAGAAGUUAGGCGACCAGAAGCCCACCCAGCUGCUGCGUAACAUGCAGCACAUGCUGGGUAAUUCAAGAGAUGACACCGGCCUCCUGCGGACGCUCUUCCUCCAGCGCCUGCCGCAGACCACGCGCGCUGCCCUGGCCCUCCUGCCAGAAUCGACCGGAAUCGACGACCUCGCCAGCGCCGCAGACCGAUUCCAGGAGGCGUCGCAAGGUGCCGUAGUGGCCGCCGCUGUCGCCCCGCCGGCCAGCCACCCCUGUAACUGUAAGCAGUCGGCAGGGACGGAUCUCUCCGCUGCCGUGGCCGCUCUCACCCCGACCGUCGCGCGGAUGGAGGCAUCGUACAAGAGCCGCCGCGCAGACGUGCGGCGACGCAGCAGGUCCCGCCGGGCACGCCGGCCAGCGACGCCCGGCACGGGCACGGCCCGCGCCGACACUCGGCAGCCGCCGGCAACGGACGGGCUGUGCUGGUAUCACGAGCGGUUCGGCGCUGACGCCCACCAGUGCCGCCAGCCCUGCUCGUGGCAGGGAAACUAG